CGGGCGAGGUCAAGAUGGUGGCUCCGCGGGCGGGGGAGGCGUUGGAGGGAGGAGGAGCCAGACCUUAGCCGGCCGGAAACACAGACACCCAGAGGCCUCCCGGGAGCCUCCGCCGCCUGCUCCAGCUCGAGAGACGCGAGCGGGCGGCGGGGCAGGCGGUGAGACAGACCGGAGAGGAGGGAGGGCGGGGGCGGAGUCGCCCGCCUUAGCCCCCGCCCCUGGCCGUGGUCCCGGGCCCUGCCCCGCGCGGCCCUGCCCGGCUCGCCCAGCCCCGGUGUGGCAGCGGCUCAUGGCGGCGGUGGGGCCCCCGCAGCAGCAGGUGCGGAUGGCCCAUCAGCAGGUCUGGGCGGCGCUCGAGGUGGCGCUCCGGGUGCCCUGCCUCUACAUCAUCGACGCCAUCUUCAACUCCUACUACGAUUCCAGCCAAAGCCGGUUCUGCAUCGGGCUCCAGAUCUUCCUCCGGCUUCUUGGUAUAUUUGUAUCCAGUAUUGUUCUGAUCUUGUCACAACGAUCACUUUUCAAGUUUUACAUGUACAGUUCGGCCUUUCUAUUAGCUGCAACUUCAGUGUUGGUAAAUUAUUAUGCUUCUUUGCACAUUGACUUCUAUGGUGCCUACAACACAUCAGCUUUUGGAAUUGAGCUGCUUCCUCGCAAAGGGCCCUCACUAUGGAUGGCACUCAUCGUUCUCCAGCUGACCUUGGGCAUUGGAUAUAUUACACUACUGCAGAUCCAUUCCAUCUAUUCACAGUUAAUUAUUUUGGAUCUCUUAGUUCCUGUAAUAGGCCUGAUCACAGAGCUGCCAUUACACAUCCGAGAGACUUUAGUUUUUACUUCUUCCUUGAUUCUCACGUUAAACACAGUGCUUGUCUUGGUAGUGAAACUUAAGUGGUUUUAUUAUUCUACACGAUAUGUUUAUCUUUUAGUGAGGCACAUGUAUCGAAUUUAUGGAUUACAGUUAUUAAUGGAGGACACAUGGAAGAGGAUUCGUUUUCCAGAUAUACUGAGAGUCUUCUGGCUAACAAGAAUUACAGCUCAGGCUACGGUGUUGAUGUACAUCUUAAGGAUGGCAAAUGAAACUGAUUCCUUCUUUAUUUCUUGGGAUGAUUUCUGGGACCUCAUUUGCAAUCUUAUAAUUAGUGGAUGUGAUUCUACACUAACUGUACUGGGCAUGAGUGCUGUAAUUUCCUCAGUAGCCCAUUAUUUGGGCCUUGGAAUAUUGGCUUUUAUCGGAUCCACUGAAGAGGAUGACAGGCGACUUGGCUUCGUAGCACCUGUUUUAUUUUUUAUUUUGGCUCUUCAGACUGGUUUAAGUGGGCUAAGACCAGAAGAGAGACUUAUUCGCUUAAGUAGAAACAUGUGCCUUUUAUUAACUGCAGUCCUGCAUUUCAUCCAUGGGAUGACAGACCCUGUAUUAAUGUCUCUCAGUGCCUCUCAUGUGUCAUCUUUUCGUAGACAUUUUCCUGUGCUCUUUGUCUCAGCUUGCCUGUUUGUUCUUCCCGUUUUACUCAGUUACGUGCUUUGGCAUCACUAUGCGCUAAAUACGUGGUUGUUUGCAGUUACGGCCUUUUGUGUGGAACUCUGCUUAAAAGUAAUUGUUUCUCUCACUGUUUAUACAUUAUUCAUGAUUGACGGCUACUAUAAUGUCCUUUGGGAAAAGCUUGAUGAUUAUGUGUACUAUGUUCGUUCAACAGGCAAUAUUAUUGAAUUUAUAUUUGGAGUAGUGAUGUUUGGAAAUGGGGCUUACACGAUGAUGUUUGAGUCAGGAAGUAAAAUUCGGGCUUGUAUGAUGUGUCUACAUGCAUAUUUUAACAUCUACCUACAAGCAAAAAAUGGCUGGAAGACAUUCAUGAAUCGUAGGACUGCUGUUAAGAAAAUUAAUUCACUUCCUGAAAUAAAAGGGAGCCGCUUACAAGAGAUAGAUGAUGUAUGUGCAAUCUGCUAUCAUGAGUUUACGACCUCUGCUCGCAUCACGCCAUGUAAUCAUUAUUUCCAUGCACUUUGCCUUCGGAAAUGGCUGUACAUUCAAGAUACUUGUCCAAUGUGCCAUCAAAAAGUGUACAUCGAAGAUGACAUUAAGGAUAACUCAAAUGUAUCUAACAACAAUGGAUUUAUUGCACCGAAUGAAAAUCCAGAGGAAGCUAUAAGGGAAGCUGCUGCUGAAUCUGACAGGGAAUUGAACGAAGAGGACAGUACAGAUUGUGAUGAUGAUGUUCAAAGAGAAAGAAAUGGAGUGAUUCAGCAACACACAGGCCCUGCGGCUGACGAGUUUAUUAAUGAUGAUACUGACUGAUUAAAAUAGCAUUUGCUAAUCAUUGAGGUAUUUGUUUAAAAUUCAGUUCAUCCAAAAUGGAGUAAUAUGCUUCACUUCAGUGUGUAACCAAGCACAAAAACAGUAUCCAUGUUGAAUCUGUGAAUGGUUUUCCGUUUACUGUGAUGUGCUACUGUAAAUAUACCUCUUUAAUUACUUCUGGUCUCUUUGGUGACCUAUUUAAAUUUGUGUACAUUGUUGUACAUAGAAUAAAAUGUUUUCACGUUUUUAUGACAAAAUUUGAACAACUAGCUUUUUAAUAGAUGUAAUGAUAAUACAGUGCAUCAACUGUGCCAAAGAUUCCUCAAUGAAAGCAUAUGAAAGUAUCUAACUGUGGACCUUAGUUUUUCUUUAAAAUGGAUGGGAGGAAUGAAAAUGCAAAUCAGAGGAAACCACAUUACGUGAAAGAAAUAAAAUAAUUUGGACCAGAGGAUAAAAGCUAUACCUGGGGUAUUUUAAAACAAAGGCAAAAUAGGCUGCCGGAAGAGACUUUCUUGAAAUUUGAGAGCAGCCCCUUGUGGAGCUGGGGUGGAAAGUCAUGAUUCAGAGAUUGUGUAAGAGUUGAGAAACAGGUUUAUCUCAACUAAACUUUGGGAUAUAAACCAGAAUGUGCUACUUGUUUAAUUUUGAUGUAACAAAACAAAACAAAAACCCAGUAUGCUUACUGGCCAUUCUGUGUUUGCAGCGCUGACAUAAAAUUGUCCUUUCAGACUUUGGAAGAGAUUACAAGAUGAAAUAUUUGGGAGUUUUCAUUGAUGUAAACUAAGACAUUAGUUGACAUUAAAAAUUUUUUGAUCUGACUUUAUGGAUUAAAAAUGAGGGGGAUGGUGUGCAGUAACAUACAAUAACUUUCCAUUCAACUUCCAGAGCAUUUCUUUAUUCAGUCCUUUAAGGUUUACCAUGAAAUUUUACAUACAUGAUGGAAAAUGGAAAGGACACACUAAUUACAUGUCAGGAAAAAAGAUUUUAAUGGUGUUGUUAUAUAGUGUAUUGGCUAAUUCCAGUGGAUCCUGCUCUCUCACUGCUGACAUUAUCUCCAGUAUUUGACUAAAAGAGAAAACAAAAAUGGAUGGUUAUUUCCAAGUACCUGCUCAGUUUUAAAGGUUUUCUCUUCAUCCAUGCAAAGGAAGCUCUUGUACUAGCACCUUUAACAUAACAAGCUUUAACCAGCUAUAAAGUUUUCAACAGAAAGGCUGAACUGCUGCCAUAUUUAAAAUAGGGUAAGUUGAGACAAGGACCAGGUUCAAAUAAAUUCUAAAACCAGCCCAUAUCAUGUCUACCACAAAUUAAUGGAACUAACCCAGUGAAGACGACGAGCUCUUUCAAACCGUAAGUCAUUAUGCAUUCAUUAGUGGGUCAUGAUGAAUUUUCAGAAAAUUGUAAGAAAAGGAAAAGUACAUUGCACUUAAGGGAAGUACUGUUUCAUUUUUGUUUGGUUUUAUACGUACAUGUGUGCCGAGUCGCAAGGUGGGUGGCAUUGUGGGUACAGCAAAGUUUGAGCACCGCUGCUAAGAGAAUUAGUCUCAAAGGACAGCAGGAAAUUGCUGCAUCAUCAUUAGCACAGUGACCGCAAAGGAAGUUACAAGUUAUUUACUUGGCAUAAUGCAUGGUUAUUGGGGGAGGGGGCAGGAGACGUGCUUUCUCCUCUGUACUUUUUCCCGGCACGAUCAAGAACAGCCUGGGGGUCAGAUCUUUCAGUUUCUCUGCCUAGAAUAAUCAUCAUCGUGAGUGUUCUCUAGCCGUACUAUAUGUAAUGUUUUUAUACAUGAAUUAGAAAGUUCUGAAGUCCAAAUUAAACAUUUAAAUAUU